CUUCCGUUUCCUCCCGCCUCCUGAGCUGGGGUGCUGUUCUUGGCUGCCGGGCACCUCCUAGCCACUCCAUACCACUGGUGUCCACAGCAACGCUCCCGGCCUCCAACUGUCAUCCCUGGCUGCUGGGCCUCAGAUGCAAUGCAGGCCAUCAAGUGUGUGGUGGUGGGUGAUGGAGCCGUGGGCAAGACGUGUCUUCUCAUCAGCUACACCACCAACGCCUUCCCCGGAGAAUACAUCCCCACUGUAUUUGACAACUACUCAGCCAAUGUGAUGGUGGACAGUAAGCCCGUGAACCUGGGGCUGUGGGAUACCGCAGGUCAGGAGGACUAUGACCGCCUCCGGCCGCUCUCCUACCCACAGACAGAUGUAUUUCUCAUCUGCUUCUCGCUAGUCAGCCCGGCCUCCUAUGAGAACGUCCGUGCCAAGUGGUUCCCUGAAGUACGGCACCACUGCCCCAGCACCCCUAUCAUCCUGGUGGGUACCAAGCUGGACCUUCGCGAUGACAAGGACACCAUCGAGAAGUUGAAGGAGAAGAAGCUGGCUCCCAUCACCUACCCGCAGGGCCUGGCACUGGCCAAGGAUAUUGAUUCAGUCAAGUAUUUGGAAUGCUCUGCCCUCACCCAGCGAGGCCUGAAGACCGUCUUUGAUGAGGCAAUCCGAGCAGUCCUCUGCCCACAGCCCACACGACAGCAGAAGCGCCCCUGCAGCCUGCUCUAGAGGUGCCGCCCCAGUCCUCCCAUCCCGAUGGUCCUGACCCUCCAGGGUCCCCACCAAAGCUCCAUGACGCGCUGGUGGGACUGCUGUUCCCUCCGUGUGGCAUUUCUUCCCAGUCAGCUGCAGAACUUGUCUCUCUCCUCCACGGAGGCCCCAGGGGAUGGGAGGAUGUUCAUAGGUCACAUCCUACCUGGGGUGCUCCUGUGUUCCCAGGGGUCAUCAGGAACCCCAAGACGCAGCCAUCCAUCCUCAUGUCAUACAGCGUCACACGCCCAUCUGCUCCAGGCCUUCCUGAUGCCUCUCUCGAAGCUUCCGGUCUCCACGGCCUGCCACUACUGUGUUUGCCAUGUUGGGAUACCUCCUUCCCUGAACCGAAGGGAGAGAUGUGGAACUCUGCUCCUCUGUUCUCUUUUUUCAGAAAAACACAGAACAAAUCUAUUUCAGUAAAUCUCUCAUCUGCCCAGCCAAGUGAGGGUCUGAGCUCAGCCAACCCCUACUGUCUCUCAAGACCUCCUACUCUACUUGAAGGGCAGAGCCAUACCUUCUUGGGACUGUCCACCCCACCUGCCAGUCAGGACCCGAUCCAUAGCAAAUGGAAAACACAGCUCUCUUGCUUAUGCAGAAAAUAAAUGUGUUGAUUCUCUCGGUGGAA